AUGGAUCUUCCGGGCCUCGCUGUAAUACUGCAAGCUGCUCUCAGCCCCAAUCCGGAUGAACGCAAAGCGGCCGAGCAAAGCCUCAAUCAGUUUCAGUACACACCACAGCAUUUGGUCAGACUGUUGCAAAUUAUAGUCGAUGGCAAUUGUGACAUGGCUGUGCGGCAAGUUGGCAGUAUCCACUUCAAGAAUUUCAUUGCGAAGAAUUGGUCACCGCUUGAUCCCGAUGAGCAGCAGAAGAUAUCACAGAGUGAUAAAGACGUGGUGAGGGAUCACAUUCUAGUCUUUGUUACACAGGUUCCCCCAUUGUUAAGGGUACAGCUAGGUGAGUGCCUAAAGACAAUUAUUCAUGCUGAUUACCCUGAGCAGUGGCCACACCUUUUAGACUGGGUGAAACAUAACUUACAAGAUCAACAAGUCUAUGGAGCUUUGUUUGUUUUGCGGAUUCUCUCUAGAAAAUAUGAGUUCAAAUCUGAUGAGGAGAGGACCCCAGUUUAUCGCAUUGUUGAGGAGACAUUCCCGCCUCUACUCAAUAUAUUCAGCAGGCUUGUCCAAAUUCCUAACCCAACACUGGAAGUGGCAGAUUUGAUCAAGCUUAUCUGCAAAAUUUUCUGGUCAUCCAUAUAUCUGGAGAUUCCAAAGCAACUAUUUGAUGCAAAUGUGUUCAAUGCUUGGAUGAUGCUUUUCUUAAACAUAUUGGAGAGACCUGUUCCCUUGGAAGGCCAACCUUCUGAUCCUGAGCUUAGAAAAGCAUGGGGGUGGUGGAAGGUGAAGAAAUGGACUGUUCACAUUUUAAAUCGGCUGUACACUCGGUUUGGAGAUUUAAAACUUCAAAACCCAGAAAACAGAGCAUUUGCUCAAAUGUUUCAGAAGAAUUAUGCUGGGAAGAUUCUGGAGUGUCACUUAAAUUUGUUGAAUGUGAUCCGAACUGGUGGCUACUUACCUGACAGAGUGAUCAAUCUCGUUCUCAUAUCUCGAAGAAUAGCAUGUAUAAUCUGCUGCAACCUCGACUUGAUGUUCUUCUUUUUGAGAUUGUUUUUUCCCCUUAUGUGCUUCAAUGACAAUGAUCUAAAGCUUUGGGAUGAAGACCCACAUGAAUAUGUCAGGAAGGGUUAUGAUAUCAUUGAAGACUUAUACAGUCCCAGGACAGCAUCCAUGGAUUUUGUGAGUGAGUUGGUUAGGAAACGUGGAAAGGAAAAUCUUCAUAAGUUCAUUCAGUUCAUUGUCGAAAUUUUUAAGAGGUAUGAUGAAGCGCCAGUGGAGUACAAGCCAUAUCGACAAAAAGAUGGUGCUCUUCUUGCUAUUGGAGCACUUUGUGAUAGACUGAAACAAACUGAACCCUACAAAUCUGAACUUGAGCGUAUGUUGGUGCAACAUGUAUUCCCUGAGUUUAGCAGUCCUGUUGGCCAUCUUAGAGCUAAGGCAGCCUGGGUCGCUGGACAGUAUGCCCAUAUUAACUUCUCAGACUCGAACAAUUUCCGUAAAGCAUUGCAUAGUGUUGUUGCGGGGAUGCGGGAUCCAGAACUUCCUGUUCGAGUUGACUCAGUUUUUGCAUUGCGCUCCUUUGUUGAAGCUUGCAGAGAUUUGAAUGAGAUCCGACCUAUUCUUCCUCAGCUUCUUGACGAGUUCUUCAAGCUCAUGAAUGAGGUGGAGAAUGAGGAUCUUGUCUUUACUCUGGAAACAAUAGUGGACAAGUUUGGGGAGGAAAUGGCACCUUAUGCCCUUGGUUUAUGCCAAAAUCUGGCUGCUGCAUUUUGGAGGUGUAUGAAUACAGCUGAAGCUGAUGAUGAUGCUGAUGAUCCUGGUGCUUUGGCAGCAGUUGGUUGUUUGCGUGCUAUUAGCACCAUUCUUGAAUCAGUGAGCAGGCUUCCUCACCUUUUUGUCCAAGUUGAACCAACUUUGCUUCCUAUAAUGCGCAGAAUGUUGACAACUGAUGGCCAAGAGGUUUUUGAAGAGGUUUUGGAAAUUGUGUCAUAUAUGACAUUUUUCUCUCCAACAAUAUCUUUGGAUAUGUGGAGUCUUUGGCCGUUGAUGAUGGAAGCAUUGUCAGAAUGGGCUAUUGAUUUCUUUUCAAAUAUUCUGGUUCCUUUGGAUAACUACAUUUCCAGGGGGACUGCACACUUUCUCACUUGUAAAGAACCGGACUACCAGCAAAGCCUUUGGAAUAUGAUUGCGGCUAUAAUGGCAGAUAAAAAUAUGGAAGACAGUGAUAUUGAGCCUGCUCCGAAGCUCAUUCAAGUAGUUUUUCAGAACUGCAGAGGGCAGGUUGAUCAGUGGGUUGAGCCAUAUCUUAGAAUUUCAGUUGAGCGGUUGCGUCGAGCUGAGAAAUCAUACUUGAAAUGUCUUCUCAUUCAAGUGAUUGCCGAUGCUCUGUACUAUAAUGCAGCUUUUACACUCAGCAUACUGCAAAAGCUGGGUGUUGCAACUGAGAUCUUUAAUCUUUGGUUCCAGAUGCUGCAACAGGUUAAGAAAAGUGGUGUGCGUGCCAAUUUUAAAAGGGAGCAUGAUAAAAAAGUUUGCUGCCUAGGUUUGACAUCAUUAUUGACACUUACAGCAGAACAGUUACCUGGGGAGGCAUUGGGCCGUGUUUUCAGGGCCACCCUUGAUCUCCUGGUUGCAUACAAGGAACAAGUUGCAGAAGCUGCAAAGGAGGAAGAGGCAGAAGAUGAUGAUGAUAUGGAUGGUUUCCAAACUGAUGAUGAUGAUGAUUUUGGUGAUGGAUCGGAUAAGGAAAUGGGAGUUGAUGCUGAGGAUGGCGACGAGGCUGAUAGCAUGAAGCUUCAAAAGUUAGCUGCACAGGCAAAGUCUUUCCGCCCUAGUGAUGAAUUUGAUGAAGACUCGGAUGAUGAUUUCAGUGAUGAUGAGGAGUUACAGUCACCAAUUGAUGAGGUGGACCCCUUUAUCCUCUUUGUAGAUGCAGUAAAGGGUAUGCAAGCAUCAGAUCCGUUGAGGUUUCAGAGUCUUACGCAGACUCUAGACUUUCAUUAUCAGGCUCUUGCUAAUGGUGUUGCACAGCAUGCAGAACAGAGGAGAGCAGAGAUUGAAAAAGAAAAGAUGGAGAAGGCAUCGGCUGCCACGGCUUCAUGA